UUUCUGUGUGGCUUUGACCGAGAAGAGAGCCCUGGUGGCCAUUCUCACCAUCCCAAGAGAGGCUCCCUCCAGCGUCUGGGGCUCCUAUUCUUGCCUGAGUGGGUCUCUCUUCCUCUCUCUCUCUCUCUUUCCAUAUAUAUAUAUAUAUAGGCACCUAAUGCUGGUUGGAGAAAUAAAUUGGGCGGCUGCCAACAUGAUAUGUACCAGCCUUGGCUAACACGCAGGGAUUUCAAUUUAAUAUAUUUCUUUCCAUCAUAGUGCCUGUAGAAGCUAAAAAUACGGGGUUUUUUGCUCUUAGCUAAGAAAUCAAAUUCUCUCGUUGACUAGUACAAUUAUUAGAUCGAAAAUUCAAGUCAGACCAUAACAAACAAUAAUGGUAGUAAACUGCCACUGGCCCUAACACUGUGUGGGACCUGGGGGAAGGAAGCAGAAAUUAUAAAUGUAAACAUUUAUGAACAUCUCCAAAUGGUUAUUUUCGUCUUACAUGAUAACAACUUGCUUGAAAUCACUGUCAUCUGAUGGUCUUAUUUAAGAAACUAUAACUCAAACAAGAUUUUCUUCGAACAUAACUUUUAAAAAACAAUUCCCCUUUUAUUUUUUGGCUCAUAAGCUUUCAUUUUCACCUUUCAGGUCCUUUUCCUGAGGAAAUGCAAGGGAAAUGUUAAAAUCUAUCCUCUCCCUGGAGGUCUUUCUUUGUAUAUGUAAAGGAGAAACUUUCGGGGCUUGGAUGAUUGGGGCACAGGCAGAAGGCUUCUGGGCGAACCUCCAUCGGGUGGGCAGCUGCGGCUUUCCAUGGUAUACUCUAGGCUCUGUGGAGGGUGACCUUUCCCAGUUUUUUCCUUUUGGGGGAAGUGAGGGCAGGAAAAAAAAAUCGAGAAGCAGGGAAGAAAUUAAGGAAGUCAUUGCCAGAUUCCUAGGGGGGGUAUUGCCACUCUCCCCAAUUCCUGAACCCCAUCAGCCUGCAUUCACCAGUUUUACAGGUCUUAUAAACACCUUCCAGAAAUUCAACCAAAUCGUAUAAAUAGUCUUUCUUCAACCUCUACAGAAUUGAGGAUUUUAAAGCUAAUUCAGGGGAUUUUACAAGCCCAACAAAUACAGUGGUAAAAAUGCCAUUGGAAAGAUAUCACAUUUUACAAAACGAGAUUGAUCCAUGUGCUGUAAAAGUCAACUAUCUCCAAGGCACACCUCUCAGGGGAGAGACAGCAGCCCAGCACAGGCUUUUCAUGUCCUGUCUGGGGAAGGCCAGGCCUCGGACCGCGGUAAAAGCAGUUCAGACGAUUUCUGGAGCCGGUGAGACAACUGUUCCCGGUUUGGGCCGACCGCGGGUGGCAGGCAGCCGGAACGGUCCCAGGAAAGGCAAGAAAGAGGGCACAUCCCAGGACAGUGCGUGCUGUCGGGCGCCCCGGAAACCCAGCACAUCAAUUAUCCCGCAGCCUUGCGCCGGCCGAGUUGCCCUCUAUGCCUGGCUGGACCAGGCACCCUGGGUCGCCCGCGCCUCUCGAAUGAGGACAGAGCUUCCACAAGUGGAUCUGUCUCAGCUCUGAGCUGUCCGGGUGACGGAGGGCGAGUCCCGGGGCGCUGGGUGAGGGGAGCAGGUUCCCGGCUGGCUUCGGAGUUAGUCUCACGGCCACUCCUCUGCAGGUCCCUUUCUCGUUCAAACCAGUAGUUUCUGGCCUCUCGGUUCCUGAGUUCAAAGACGGGGCGGGGGUGCACAGCUUGUGGGGGUGUUCUGAGGCCAGGCAGUCGCUGGCCAUUGGCGGGGAGUCCACUGGGACUCAAAGGAGACAUAUCCUAUUGUGGGCGGAGGGGGCCGGCGGGGAAGAGACUACGUUUGGCGACGUCCUGGUCAGCUCAAGGUGAGCCUUCCGCUCUCAGCGGCCAGGCCCAGGCCCUCGGUGGCAGUGGGAAAGGCGGGACAGAAGGGAUGCACCGAUUCCUAAGGCGCAGGAAGGCCUGGUUUCGCAGAGCCCCCUCUCCAGCUCCGGAACCCGCACCCACUGGUAGGGAAUUGCGGGGGGAGGGGCAAACUCAGGGCCUGCCGGGAGGGAGGCCGGCGGGGAGCAAAGCCACCCUUGUCACCGCCCCUCCCGGCGCAGAGCUGUCAGGUUUCCUGUUUGGAGAGAAAAAAACAGCCAAAAUCCAGCAAGGCAAAAAAGGAGGAGGAAAGAGCGGGCCUGGUGGGGCCUUUGCUGCGGCCCGGACGCUGGUGCCCCGACCCCGGCCCCGGCCGGAGCCGCGCGGCCCUGCCCGCCGGUGCCCGCCGCCGGCGUUCGGGAGGACAGCCGGGCCGGCUGGCUGUGCGCGCCCAUUAAUCUGCCGCGCGGGCGGCGGGCGGGCGGGCUGGGGGCUGUUUGUAACUUUGCUGCCUCGGUCGCCGCGGUCCCCGGGGAGCGGGCUCCGGCGCUCACUCCCAUUGGCCGCCGCCGCGUCAGCUGGUGCGAUUUGCUGCUGUCGCUUUUGGCGUUCGGCCAUCCAGAAACAAACCAGUUCGAUGACUACUAAUAGUUAUAGCCAGAUGUACUAAUACACAACAAAUCACAGUCCUGCAGAGGGGCGCGCAAAUGAGUUCCUAUUUUGUGAAUCCCACUUUCCCCGGGAGCCUGCCCAGCGGCCAGGACUCCUUCUUGGGCCAGCUGCCCCUCUACCCGGCCGGCUAUGACGCGCUGAGGCCCUUCCCGGCCUCUUACGGGGCGUCGAGCCUCCCGGACAAGACAUACACCUCACCUUGUUUCUACCAACAGUCCAACUCGGUCCUGGCCUGCAACCGGGCGUCCUACGAGUACGGGGCCUCGUGUUUCUAUUCUGAUAAGGACCUCAGUGGCGCCUCGCCCUCGGGCAGUGGCAAGCAGAGGGGCCCCGGGGACUACCUGCACUUUUCUCCCGAGCAGCAGUACAAACCCGACAGCGGCAGCGUGCCAGGCAAAGCCCUCCAUGACGAAGGCACCGACCGGAAGUACACGAGCCCUGUUUACCCCUGGAUGCAGCGGAUGAACUCCUGCGCGGGUGCUGUGUACGGGAGUCACGGGCGCCGGGGCCGCCAGACCUACACGCGCUACCAGACGCUGGAGCUGGAGAAAGAGUUCCACUUCAAUCGCUACCUGACGCGGCGCCGCCGCAUCGAGAUCGCCAACGCGCUCUGCCUCACCGAGCGCCAGAUCAAGAUCUGGUUCCAGAACCGCCGCAUGAAAUGGAAAAAGGAAAAUAAACUCAUCAAUUCCACACAGCCCAGCGGGGAGGACGCUGAGGCAAAGGCGGGCGAGUAGACGCCUGGGCAGGGACCAGGCCAGCGCCGCAACGUCUCUCGGCUUUGCCCCUUGCCUUCGCCUGGUCCCCAACUUUUCUCGCCGCCUCCCAUCGGGGAGCUUCCGCAGCUUCAGAGGAGCCCGGAGCUUUGCAAACGCCUGAGCAUUUAUUUCUUACAAAUAAUAAUAAUAAUAAAAACCACACACAGCCAAUCCCAGCGGUGGAGCGGGGCGCACUGCACGUGCAGUCCUGCUCUCCAAGGCUGCCCAAGCUGGCUCCGCAUCCCAGGGCUCGCCCCGAAUUCGUCCCCGGCUCUUGUGCUAUCGCCUCUGCGCGCCCCUGAGCUCCCGACGCAGGGUUGCUGGAGAGGAAAGAACCCCGGGCUGAGCCCCUUUUGGUGUCUGGGCGUUUCCGCCUCGGUCCCUCGCCACCGAAUCUCGGAGGACACCACCAAAUCAACUCUGGCCACUGGAAAGAGGGGGCCUAAAGGCUGGGGCCCCAGCACUGCGGUGGCCUCCCAGGCCGCCCCCAGACAGGAAGAAGCGCAAGGAACAAAGGGGGCCCUGAGAGAGCCUGGUCUCUCGGCCCCGCGCGCAACCGUCCGUGGAAGAGAAGCAGCCUCAGCUGAGCUGAACCAACCUGGGCGCGGGUGGAACUUUACAGCCCCGGGAGCGACUGGGCUCCCGAAGGCUCUGGGCUUUGGAUUCCGGCUCCCCGCCUCCGACAGUGCCGGUGCUGCCACCAGAGCAGCCUUCAGGACCAAAGGAGGCGGCCCAGGGCCAUGGGAGCCGCAAAAGUCCUGGUUUCCAAAUGUGCCAGGGGUGCCGGCGACGCCCGGCCUCCAGCGGGGAGACUCCCCCCAUGCCUUUCGGCUGUAUUUGUGGUUUGCUUUCGUCUUUCAGAACCCAGGAAAAGAACAACGGAGAUACUAGGCACUGCCACGAAAUGCUUGCAUUAGCGCUCUCAUUUUACUCCUGGAGGUCUAAGCGAGACCCGAAUAACUCGGCCCACGGAUUCCCAGCCCCCAAGCAGCUACUGUGGCUACGGGGAGCCUCGGCCCACUCGCUGGGUUCACUGAGAACCCUCCGAUUUGGGGCCGGCUGGCUCAAGGGACCCUGUGUGAAGAUUCUUCAGGCUGGAUACUUCAAGCAAAUCAAACAGCAAACUAAUGACACGAAGACCAUAUUUACACGAAAGAAAAAUCGACUUCGGUUAUAAAAGUGUAUGGAAUUUGACCUCGCCUCGGAGAAACACUACACAAAAGCUAUCUUUAAUAGACGCUUGUCAUUUAAGAGCGGCAGGGACACUGUCCCUCAUGCGCUCGCAAAAACAGAGCCGUAAUUGUAGCUACUGUUGCGGGCAGGAUUUAUUUCUCCAGUUGGCUAAAUAGCCUCCCCCCUUCCCUGAAGGUGAUAUCUGUAUUUUCAAAUUUCAGAGCUGCCGGCACGACGGGCAGAACCGACCCCAACCUCGACACAAAAAUAAGAGGGGCUGCACAGUGGGGAAAUAAAGUUGUUGUAAAUAAAAUCCAAGUCACCAUCUCCCCCCAAUCCUCUGCAUCCUCGCCGGGCACGCGAUCGGCAGCUGACGGCCUCACAAUUGGUACAUCCUAAUGGAACUGCGAGGGAAAUGCAAUAAUUUUGCCAUAAUGGGCUGUAACCUCAAUUCGACCCCGGCCCUUGCAGCCCUGGGUCGGAAGCGGAGCGAUGCGCCCUGCCUCCAGCGGGUGGCGCUCGAGUCCGACUGAACGGCAGCAGCGGGCGGCGGGCACGCGCCUGGGGCGCGCGCGCCACCCCUCUCGCCUCCACCCAACUCCCCCAUUAGUGCACGAGUUUACCUCUAGAGGUCAUCAGGCAGGAUUUACGACUGGACAACAAAAGCACGUGAUUCGAAGUCGUACCCCAUAUUUGGGUGCCUACGUAGGAGGGAACCAAGUACAUGUCCCAGUCAUUUCCAUAAUUCAUCAUAAAUUGUGCAAGGGUGCUAUAGACGCACAAACGACCGCGAGCCACAAAUCAAGCACACAUAUCAAAAAACAAAUGAGCUCUUAUUUUGUAAACUCAUUUUGCGGUCGCUAUCCAAAUGGCCCGGACUACCAGUUGCAUAAUUAUGGAGAUCAUAGUUCCGUGAGCGAGCAAUUCAGGGACUCGGCGAGCAUGCACUCCGGCAGGUACGGCUACGGC